AUGAAAGGUUGGUGGCACUUUGCAUUCUUGUUUUUUUUUUCUUUUUCUUUCUUCUUCGGACGGGGUAGAGAGGAUACGCGCUAGGAAAUUCGGUAAAAGUGGCUUGGAGCAGUCGCCGUUUGCUCAGGUACAAUCCAACAAUGGAUCGACUCGAAGAACGUUUACCUGCUUUACUCUUGUGAUUGUUUCUCCUCCUUUAAGUCAAUUCUGUAUGUAGAUCUGGACUGAAUCGAUUUGGUCGGGAAGUCAGUAAAAUGGAAAUGAAAUGACUGUCUGAUAUUAAGAAAUCAUGAAAUACUUUCACUACAGAUUUGUUUGCAAAAGCUAAAACAACUUGAAUCAAGAGCCCUUUUUUCUCACACGGUUACGAAAAAGUGCGCUAACAAUUGCCGACAGUCGGACCAUAGGUACCCGUUAAUGGAAAGAUUGUUCAUCCCAGAGGACUAUUUUUAAUUUUUUUAAUGAUUUUAUUACAGUGACGAGUCUACAGAACGCUGAUGAUGGCGCCUCUAACGUCAGGAAUGUAAGUUUUCCCUAUUUCAAUAGUUCAAAAAAACACAAAACACUUCAUUUUUUAGCUUUUAACACUAACAGUAAAAAAAAUUCUUUGAAACAGUAAAUUUUUUCCAGAAAGAAGCAAAAACGGCUCCAAAAAGGUCAAUAUUAUUUUGUUUAGUAUAUCAACGUGGUUUCGGCCAUUUUACGACAAUUCCGGGUUAAUUCAGAAGAUUUCCUGAUGCCACCGACGAUUCCCGAGGACUGUCGAAGAUUUCCGAAGACUAACGAAGAGGUCCGACCAUUGCCAAAGAUGUCCGAAAAACCCUCCAAACACUUGACAGUAUUUUCUUCGGAAACAGUAAACAUUAAAAAUUGGCAAAUUUAACAGCAAACACUAAAGAUUACGGGCAAAUAGCAGUAAAAACUAAACCCCAUUCAGACCCUCUACCAACAAAGUACAAUUAUUAAUUACCCUAGGCAGAUAUGCGACAUCGUCAAGACAGGGGUGGAAAAGGGGUAAUUUUGUCUUCCCGUUUUUUCGUAUCUCGACGCAUCAGUUUUAACGAACCAUGCAAAUUCCUAUCUUGAAACCUAAAACUUUUUCAGCCAAAUUUUAUUUUUUGCCUACCAUUCUUCCUGCCAUAGGGAUCAGUCUACAGUUCUAAUUUUUAAAUUUGAUAUUGAAGAUUUUACUGAUCUAAAGAUCCGACUGCCCCUCACUGGUUCGUCGUUGUGGUUUUCCUUCACAAGUGUUGCUUUUCUCAUGGCCAUUAAUUCCUGAUUGACGCUUCUAUUAUAGAAUCAGAAGGAACAAAAACAAUCCUGUGCCCCACUCAGUGAACCCUCAGGAUCAGAUGUUAAAAAGGUUGGCUGCUUGAUAUUCAUGUCACUAAAGUAAAGCUCUAAGGCUGGUCUCCAUAGGGGCCCUGUACCUUAAAAAAUUAAUUUACAUUAAUAAUUUUCAUAAACUAUUACAUUUAAAGAGCGUAAUAAAAUACAGUAAUAGAAUUUAAAGCCUAAAAAUAAUAAACUAUCAAAGUUAUGAUAAAAAGAAAUGUCUUGCUCGGUGCCAGAACGUCUGAAUGUUUUCACUCUUCACAAUGUUUAAAGGGAGUUUGUUAAAAAUUUUUGCGCCAGUAAAAAGAAAGGUCCUUUUCCCAAAAGUCUGUUUAACGUUUGGUAGGGAUAGCCUCAUACUUUGCCUUGUGGAAUAAUUGAGUGAAUGUUCGAAAAUCUAGUGAAAAUAUAAUGAAAAAUAACUGGAGGAGCUAAUGAGUGAUUUUAACCUUGUGGUAAGAGCGUCUGCUGGAAAGAGUCAAUGCAAGCUGCUCUAUUGCUUGAUAUGAGCGAGAGCAACGAGUGAAAAUCCGUGUAGAUCUAUUGUGUUGGCGCUGUAGUCGAUCUAUAUCUUGUACAUUUCUGUUUGCAAAAUAAACAAGACCGUGCCUCAGUACCGAUGCAAAUAUUAGCUGAGGAUAAUUAAUUUGAUGCCGCCAGGACUUGCUAAAUUUUUAGGAGGUUUAUUAACUUUUUAAUUUUGUAAUCAGCAAAGAGGACCCGAGUGGGACGUCAUCGACAUGCGUGUACCCAACUCAAUGGGCAACUGAGCUCGACACUGGAACAUGAAAAUAGUGUUUGAAGGAUUAUUAAGCCUCGGUCUUUUUGUUCAUAAUCAAAUCUGUUUCCAGUUCGAAUGACGUCUUUGGAAACGACCAUUUUGAAAAAAAAAUCUUUCCGAGUCGACCGUAAUAUUGGCACUCGAAUUCCUCAGAGUGUCGCUUUAAGUAACUAUAAUAUUUAUUUUUUAUCCCUUUAAAUCUCUUUGUAGGGAAGACCUCGAAAAUAUUUGUUUCAAGUGAACGGUCACAUGUGUGCUUGUUCUGUAAGAAGCCGCAAAAAAAGGUCAGAAGACACCAAACCAGAAAGCACAAAAAUGAAUCACAAGUGGCGAAAGCAAUGGCCAUGGAAACUGCCCAGGAGCAAGAUUUGGCAUUUGAGAGGCUUCGCCUCUUAGGUGAUUACCAACACAACUGCGACGUGUUGGCCCUGGGCGAGGGAGAAUUAAUCGUGGUGCGAAUGCCGAAAAACGUAGAAGAAGGGAUUGCCGCUAACUACUUGCCUUGCCCUAGUUGUAUGGGUUUUUAUGGCCUCAGAGCUCUGGAGGCACCGACAAAAUUGCCCCAUCGGUCCCAAGAGACUCCCCAAAAUGGUCGAGGGUACAGCAAGAAGCUAAGCUUCUAUUACCAACAACUGUAUUGUCCACCAAAGAUGUGA